GAGAUCCUUCCGCACAUAAACAUUAGUCUGAGUUGUGAAGUGCUUCGAUAACUCUUGAUCAUGUCGAGGAUUCUUCACGCUCAAAUCAUCUCAUUGCUGAUUGUGGUUGGAGCACAUGCCAUUGUCGGAUUGGACACCAAGUUUGUGAAUGUGGUUUUUCGUCAUGGAGACAGGACCACGUUAGACAACGAUGAUGAGCCCUUUCCCACUAGUCCAUAUCUCAAUUGGACGUUCUACCCUUAUGGGUUGGGACAGUUGACUAACCAAGGGAAGCGACGCGUGUAUGAUCUUGGUGUUCACAUACGUGAGAGGUACGGCGAUUUCCUGGGCGAUGUGUAUCAUCCAAGUGCGAUUAUCGCUCGCAGCUCGGACUACGAUAGAACGAAGAUGUCAUUGCAAUUGGUGAUGGCAGGAAUGUUCCCACCUGCGUCUGAACAGAAAUGGCAUCCGGACUUCAACUGGCAGCCGGUUAUCGCCAACUACAUUCCAUAUCCUGAUACAUUACUGAGGCCUCAGGAUUGUCCGCGGUUUAAAGAAGAGCUUAGUACUGUGGAAGAAUCUGUUGACUUCAAAAGAGAACUGAUAGAGUACCAACGACUGAUGGAAUUCCUCACCAAAUGGACUGGCAAACCUAUCAAAAGUGCUCUGGACAUGGAGGGCCUCUACAAUAGUUUGAAGGCGUUGAACGCCAUGGGACUUAGACUGCCUGAAUGGACCUCAGGAAUCUUUCCUUACGGAAAAUUGCAUGACGGCGCUAUUCUCAAUUAUCGGCUCAUGAGCUGGAGUGAAAGACUGAAAGUGUUGAAUGGAGGAAUGCUUCUGAAGAACUUCACUGACAAUAUGCUGCUAGCCGCAACCGCAACAAAACAAUCUCCAUUAAAAAUGGUGCUGCUGAGCGGGCACGAGAUUAAUCUAACUGCUCUCAUGGAAGCUCUUGGAGUUUACAGUCCUCACGUGCCUGAAUACUCCAGUGCCUUAUUCGUUGAAUUAUUAGAAGAGCAUAACGAACAUUUCGUCAGGAUAAUCUACUAUCUUGGAGACCCGCAAGAGACCGCGCAGAUAAACAUUCCCAGAUGCGGGAGGCUGUGUCCCCUCAAUAGGUUUUUACAAUUAUACUCUGAUGUUCUGCCUUCGGUGGACGAUAUCAACUGCAUGCCAUAAAGAUGAAAAAUCGUUGUUCAUUGUUGCCUUCAGUAUUUGUAAUAGGAAUUUUCAAUUGAAUUAGGAUUAAGGAACCA